AUGUGUAUUAUUAAUGGCCGCAAGGAUGAUGGAAAAUGUUCUUUUCAUUCUAUAUUGAGAAAUAACCCGGUUUCUAGUUUAGUUGAUUAUGUAAUCACGGGCUAUGAGGGUUAUCAAGAUAUAACAGAUUUUUGUGUUCUUGAGAUAACAGAAUUCUCGGACCACUGUCCUAUUGUUUUUGAAUUAAAAAAUUGUAUUGAUAUACCACAAAAUGAUUCGGUUGAAUAUGACAAAAUCUUUUGGGAUAUAUCCAAAAAGGAUUCUUUUAUAGAACAAGUAGAUAAUAAUUCUGUAUUGUUUGAUAGAAUAAAUAGCAGAUUGUUAUCUGGAGAAUAUGAUAUUGACCAGUGUAUGAGUGAGUUUUCAAAUUUGGUUCAUGAUAUCUCUUACAGAUGUUUUGCAAGAACUGUUAAUAGCCGUCCGAAACCAAAAAAGAAAAAAUCGCCUUGGUUUGAUGAACAAUGCAGACGAGCAAAGUCUAACUUUUUUGCAGCUAAACGUCAGUAUAUGUCAAAUAGGUCUGAAGAAAAUAAAGUGCAGUUUUUGAAUUCAAAACAUGUAUAUAGUGCAGUUAAACGUAAAGCUAAAUCAGUCUUUUAUAAUAAAGAGAAAAUUAAACUGUCAGAUAUGAGCAAAACGUUUCCACAAAAUGACUCCACAUCAGAAAAUGUAUUUAAUAAUAUGGACUUUCCUGAUGAUAUUGAGUUAAAUUCCGUUAUUACGAUGGAUGAAAUUGAAAAUGCUGCCAAAAUGUUGAAAACUGGUAAAGCAUGUGGCGUUGAUGAUAUAUUGAAUGAACAUAUUAAAAAUACUUUACCUGUAAUGAAACACAUAUAUUUCAAACUUUUCAAUAUCAUAUUUAACAAUGGAAUUAUACCAGAAAACUGGACGAUAGGCGUUAUCAAUCCUAUCUAUAAAAAUAAAGGUGACGCUACUGAACCUUCAAAUUACAGGCCGAUAACUUUACUUAGUUGUCUAGGAAAAUUAUUUACAGCUGUUUUAAACAUUCGUUUACAAAAGUUUGUUACGAAAUAUGACUUGAUAAAUGAGUAUCAGUCAGGCUUUCGUAAAGGUUUUUCCACUAUAGAUAAUAUGUUUGUUCUAAAUAUGUUGAUAGACUUGCUCAAAAGUAGCAAAAAGAAACUUUUCUGUGCUUUUAUUGAUCUAAGACAGGCUUUUGACACUGUCUGGAGAUCAGGACUAUGGUCAAAGCUAAUUGAAUUGAAUGUAAAUGGAAAAUUUUUGAAUGUUAUUAAAAGCAUUUAUAACCAAGCAAAAUCAUGUGUUAUGAAAAAUGGGCAGAAAUCAGACUAUUUUAACUGUAAUAUUGGUGUGCGACAAGGUGAAAACCUUUCGCCCCUACUAUUCUCAAUGUAUUUAAAUGAUUUACAUGAAUAUUUUGUGAAUAAUGGACUAGUAGAAGGUGUAUCCUGUAACAAACACAACUUAGAUGAUACUUUGAUAGAAUAUUUAAAACUUUUCAUCUUGUUAUAUGCUGACGACACUGUUAUUGUUUCUGAAACUAGAAAUGAUUUACAACAAGCACUGAAUCUAUAUGAACAGUAUUGUGAAAUGUGGAAGCUUACUUUGAAUACCUCAAAAACAAAAAUUUUAAUUUUUUCAAGAGGUCGACGCAGUCAACAUAAUUUCCAUUUUAAAAAUGAUAUUUUGGAAGUUGUUGAUGAGUACAAGUAUCUAGGAGUUCUUUUUAGUCGAAGUGGUUCUUUCUUUAAAGCUAAAAAACAUAUUGCUAAGCAAGGAACUAAAGCUAUGUAUUGUCUGUUGAAAAAAGCAAAAGCAUUGUGUUUACCGAUUGAUAUGCAAAUUGAACUUUUUUCUAAAACUGUCAAACCUAUCUUAUUGUAUGGCUGCGAAAUCUGGGGCUAUGGAAAUAUAGAUGUCAUAGAAAGAGUUCAAUUAAAAUUCUUGAAACACAUUUUAAAUUUAAAAAGUUGUACUUCAAAUUGUAUGAUAUAUGGAGAAACAGGUGUUCAACCAUUGUCUAUUGAUAUUAAGACAAGAAUUGUAUCUUUCUGGGCAAAACUUGUCCAACCUACAGGAAUGAAACUAACAAACAGGGAUUUUGAUAUGUUAACAAUGUUUAUGAUAUUAUUUGCUGAUGAUAUUGUACUGUUUACCACUGAUCCUAAAAGCCUGCAGGCACAAAUUGAUAGCGUUUAUCAGUAUUCACAAAAGUGGGGCUUGAAAAUCAAUGUUGAUAAAACGAAAGUAUGUGUUUUUGAAAAGCGUAAACAAAAUGUCUAUCCUGAUUUUGUCAUAAAUGGUGAAAAAAUUGAGAUGGUAGAUAAUUUCAUAUACUUAGGUGUAAAAUUCACAUACACUGGUAAUAUGUCAGGCGCUGUAAAAGCUCUACAUGAUCAAGCCCUAAGAGCCUAUCAUAACCUUUGGUCAUUGUUUGAUAAAGUUAAUUUUGAUAUUAAAACUAAACUCUCAUUGUUUGACAAAAUGGUGGUACCAAUAUUGAUGUACGGUUCAGAAGUAUAG